UCACCGCCCCCUCGAGCCCCCACCACCACCCGCCCCACCGCCCUCUGCUGCCUGAGGCUGUCGCUGGUUCCAUACCUUCGGUCGCCCCUUGGCCUCUGGUCAUGUGAGCCCAUAGUCCUUUCCGCCUCGGUGACAGCGUGUACGAAAGGCGAGGCUCGAUUUGGACAUAGUAGGAAUCCUAUUAUUGAGACCCUGUAUAUAGAAAAAUAUGGCAGUUUCUACCUUCAUCAGUUAAUAAAAUCAAGUACCUACUAUUGCUAUUCUUAAUCAUAAUUACAUUGAAUUUGCGAUGGGGGGGAAAUGCGUGUCAUUGCAGUUGAUACUGUUAAGAAACUCGCAAUUUGUGCUCUGAAAAGCCAUAAUGGAGAUAUCAAUGCCUCCACCUCAGAUAUAUGUAGAAAAAACUCUGGCCAUUAUCAAACCAGAUAUUGUUGACAAAGAGGAGGAGAUACAAGAUAUUAUUCUCAGAUCCGGAUUCACCAUUGUUCAGAGAAGAAAACUACACCUCAGCCCUGAGCAAUGUAGUAACUUUUAUGUGGAACAGUAUGGAAAAAUGUUUUUCCCCAAUUUAACAGCUUACAUGAGUUCUGGACCACUUGUCGCCAUGAUAUUAGCUAGACAUAAAGCCAUCUCUUAUUGGUUAGAACUUUUGGGACCAAAUAAUAGCUUAGUAGCGAAGGAGACACAUCCAGACAGUCUAAGGGCAAUUUAUGGCACAGAUGACCUAAGGAAUGCACUUCAUGGGAGUAAUGACUUUGCUGCUGCGGAAAGAGAAAUACGUUUUAUGUUUCCUGAAGUGAUCGUUGAGCCCAUUCCAAUUGGACAAGCUGCUAAGGACUAUUUAAAUUUACAUAUAAUGCCAACUUUGCUUGAAGGACUCACAGAGCUUUGUAAGCAAAAACCAGCAGAUCCUUUGAUUUGGCUAGCUGAUUGGCUGCUGAAAAAUAAUCCUAACAAACCCAAACUUUGUCACCAUCCAAUUGUAGAAGAACCUUAUUAAAAAAAUCCUCGAAAGAACAAAUCAUGAACUAUCUUAUUGUAAAAGGCUGUAUUUCUAUUGUUUGAAAAAAUUAUUUCUAGGGUUUAAGUAACUACAAGUAAAAUAAAUUUAUUUCUUAAAAA